AUGUGGCAUUCGACGCCCGUACACUGGGUUGUCCAUGUUUGCCUCGCAUGGCUGGUGCUCCUGUGUACGCUUGCGACAGCCGAGCCCGUGCCCGUUGCUCUAGUUUCCAGGUCAACGGGGUCAAAUCUAGGAAUUGGAGAGGGCAGUUCUACGCUGCAGAAACGCGACAAUGGCACUUUUUUGCUGCGGAUUAUGCCGUUAGGAGCCUCGAUUACCAAUGGGUAUGGGUCGACAGAUCACAAUGGGUAUCGGAAGGCGUUGCGACAGCAGCUUCGGUAUGAAGGAUGGCAGGUUAAUAUGAUUGGGAGUUUGAGGAAUGGGACAAUGCAUGAUAAUCAUCACGACGGACAUUUCGGGUACAGAAUCGACCAAUUGGAAGCCAAAGCCCAAGAAACAAUCCUCCAAAAACCGAACCUGAUUCUAAUAAACGCCGGGACAAACGACGCCGUCCAAAACCACAAAAUAUCCACCGCAGGCCUCCGCAUGGACACCCUCCUAACAAACCUCUACACCUCCAUACCAAACACGACGAUCAUUCUCUCAACACUCCUCCCUAACAAGAAACACCAAGACCGCGUCGACAAAAUCAGCUCUCAAUACCGAGACCUAGUUGCCCUGCGCCGACAACAGAAUGAUCGCAUCGUUCUAGCCGAAAUGAGCUCCUUCAUCACAUUGUCCCAGCUCGUUGAUGGGACCCACCCGGAUGAUCAGGGGUAUCAGGAGAUGGCGGCGGUUUGGUGGGCUGCCGUGAAGGUUGCAGAGGGGGAGGGGUUGAUUCAAUCUGCGGAGGACACGGGGCUAGAUGGGAGGAUUAGUGCAACUGUCGAGGCAAAGUUGGACGGUGGGGAUAGUAUUGCGGAUCCUGGGUUGCCGGCUUAUACGGCGCCGGCGCAGCCGACUGAUGUUAGUAUGGGGAGUGUGGUGGGGAUUGAGAUGAGUGGACUACUUGGAGUGUCAUUUGUUGUUGCUUUUGGUCUCUCCGUCCUUGCGUGA